AUGUCGGAUGCAAAAAGUGCUUUGCACAAAAAGCAGUGGCAAGUGUGUCAUAGCGAAGAUCUCGAGUGGGUUGUACACAGUGUGCUUAAAUGUUCAGGACUGCACGUAUGGGUUGUGCCCAUUGACCUUCAAAAACACGAUGUAUUAGAGACCAAGAUCAUGGGGCAUCUUCACUCGGGCAACGGGGAUGGUUCGGCGAACUCCCCGCUCCGCUGUCUGCGGAGGAGGUCGGACGGAUGUUUUGAUCUAACGUGGCUGGACCUGUCGAACAACGCGAUCCGACAUAUCCAUGGGCAGACGCUGAAUCGCAUGGCCGAAACUCUUGAUGGGUUCUCGAUACUGGGCGAAACAACGACAUCGUAUCUUGGAUGCGCUCACAGAGACGCCAAAGGUUCUCCCGGCCUGCCGACACCCGCCUUGCUCAGCAACCUCCACCACCUCAAGGAUCUGAACCUAGCCAACGCGUUCACGGAAAAGCUGGAGGCGGAUCGCUACAUCACGCACCUCCACGAGAUCUUCUUCUACUCGAACUUCUCGAAGCUCGAAUUCCUCGACCUGACCGGCAACGAACUCUCCGUCGUGAACCCGUGCGCCAACCACCACGCGCGGGCCGCCCGACCACGAACCUGUUGCUGCUGCCGAGACGCCGAACGUCAACAUCGUCUACCUCAUCGACAACGACCUUCGCGCGCUUCACGUGCGCCCGGAGUGCCUGCAGGCAGCUCUAGCUCGCAGCUGCCGGCCUCGGGGACGGGAGGGGACCAACCGAGGUUUGCGUAG